GCCUUUCCAUUGUUCAUAACUGGAGUCAGCAUUUCACAUUUACUCUCGUUAUAACAGGCUUGGCGGAGAACAACACUGGAAAGAGCGAGGCACCGGCGUUACUCGAGAUCAUCUCAAAAUCUACACCAGAGGAUUGUGUUUUUCUCAGGGUUCGGUGUCUUAAUUCGAUCGGGAAGAUAUGAUGGACGACGAGCAGCCCAAGACCCUGUAUGUAGGAAACCUGUCACGGGACGUGACCGAGGCCCUUAUAGUGCAGCUCUUUGGUCAGAUUGGCCCCUGCAAGAGCUGUAAAAUGAUUUUGGAUACGGCAGGUAACGAUCCGUACUGCUUUGUGGAGUUCUUCGAGCACAGGCACGCAGCGGCCUCACUCGCAGCCAUGAAUGGGCGUAAAAUAAUGGGUAAGGAGGUAAAGGUCAACUGGGCUACAUCACCAAGCAGCCAGAAAAAAGACACAACCAAUCACUUCCAUGUCUUUGUUGGAGACCUCAGCCCAGAAAUCACCACUGAUGACGUCAGAGCUGCCUUCGCACCCUUUGGAAGGAUAUCAGAUGCACGUGUAGUCAAAGACAUGGCGACGGGGAAGUCUAAAGGCUAUGGUUUUGUUUCUUUCUUCAACAAAUGGGAUGCAGAGAAUGCCAUUCAGCAAAUGGGAGGUCAGUGGUUGGGCGGCAGGCAGAUCAGGACCAACUGGGCUACAAGAAAACCCCCAGCGCCUAAAAUCACCUAUGAAACAAACACCAAGCACUUGUCGUUUGAUGAGGUAGUGAACCAGUCCAGCCCCACCAACUGCACUGUUUAUUGUGGCGGAGUCACUACAGGCCUUACAGAACAACUCAUGAGACAAACCUUUUCCCCAUUUGGCCAAAUAAUGGAAAUCCGAGUGUUCCCAGACAAGGGCUACUCGUUUGUGAGGUUCAACUCUCAUGAAAGUGCAGCUCAUGCGAUAGUGUCUGUUAAUGGCACGUCCGUAGAAGGUCACAUGGUGAAAUGUUACUGGGGUAAAGAGACUACAGAGAUGGUGAGCCCUAUGCAGCAGGUGCAGGUACCUCAGCAGAACAAAGUUGGUUUUGCUGCACAACCAUACGGCCAGUGGGGACAGUGGUACGGCAACGCACAACAAAUUAGUCAGUACGUCCCUAAUGGCUGGCAGGUACCCACUUACAACGUGUACGGACAGGCCUGGAACCAGCAGGGCUUCAAUCACAUACAGGCUGGCGCUGGGUGGGCCGGUGUGAGUGCCGUGAGUAACGGAGGCGUGGUGGAGCCUGCGCAGGGAGUCAAUGGGACCGUGCUAGCCAACCAGUCCAGCAUGGGCACUGCAGGAUACCACACACACUGAUGGAGCGACGGCCACAGCAGGGAUCUACACACGACCCCCACCCCAUUCUCAAACACCCAUCAAGAUGCCUGGCCCGGGGAGGGGUGUGCCAUUUUUUUUUUCCUGACCCUCCCCACCCUCCACAUGUUAUUUUCCUUGAGUUUAAGACUUUAAGGCAGAUCUUGCUCAUCAUCGCGGGGUCUCGAGUUGCCCUUCACCGGGAUUAAACAACACACCCUGAAACACGAACGUAUUCAGACACGUUAACACACAUAAAUCCACAAGUCUUCGGCCUGGUGUCCGACCGACUUAUUCGAAGAGGACUAUGCCAUUUUUAAGUCAAAGUACUAUAAAUCAAUAAAAUCAACAAUAACUGCAACUUUUCCAUUUUGCUUUUUUUUUUUUUUUGGUUU